AUGCCGGUCGUCGCUUUAAGCUCUCACAACCUUCACCGGGAGCCGAGGCAAAGUCUACCUCACCUCCCUUCUCUCUCAUCCCCUCGAUUAGGAGCCACACUGGAUCUGACUGAACCUGCCCCAGCUCCCGCGGAUGUUCCGACACCUGCCAAAUCUCAGUCACUCGAACCGGGCAAUAAUGACCUCGGCAUUGCAUUUCAGCCACCUACACCCGUGUCCAUACCCACCAACACUCAGUCCCAAGAUGACCAGUCACCUCAAACGGAAGCUGGACCAUCGACAGGCUCAGGAUCUCGUGCUAUCCCUCCACCUCCUAAUCCUAGACGACAUCGAUCAGGGAUCCUCAUGUCUCGUAUGCGAGCCUUGUCCGGGGGACAUCCUGGAUCUCGCGAUUUGGGAAUGACAUUGAGCAAGAGCUAUGGUGAUCUCAGUAUGAUAUCUGCUGCAGGUCAGCUCGCUACGCCGGACGACGAAAAGGACGAGGAAGAGGUAUUGGGGAGCGAGCAUGGACAUCGAGAAUGGAAGCGAGCUACAAGCGAAAGUCUAGCGGCACCAGAUGAUGAGUUAACCAUGUGGGAUAACAGUGCUCGAUUCUACCACCACAUUCAUUCCCGUCCAGCAUCUCGUACAGGGUCCAGAGCUACCUCUCCAGCUCGAUCUCCAUCCAUCAGCUCAGUUUCCAAUGACAUUCAGUCAUCUCCUAAACAAUCUCCCAUCUUUGUCCGUCGCUCUGUCAAUCUUCAACCCAUGACUGACGCCUUGCCUCCUCAUUCGUCUCAACAGGCCGUCACCAGCGCCUUAUCACCUCAUCAAACAUUCUUACAUUCUCAUCUACCUCCCACCUUUCCAGAAAGUCUGCAUUCGUCUGGUCUUCUGGUGCCUGACAAUCGCCCGCAUAGCAUGGUCAUCCUCACUCCUACAACUCAGGAAUGGAGGGAAUUGAAGGAACUCAGACGGUUGGAGAUUGGAGACGACGACCUGAGGGAUGAGGAUGACUCCAGCGAUAGUGGACAGUUGAGUCGGCGGAACAGUCUCAAAAUGGACGGUUCGUUGCUCAGACGGACACUAUCAGCAGACUAUCUCGGAGAGGAAAAACACCACCAGCGGGAUCCUGGAGCAUCGCCAGAGAGGCCAACAGUGCCCGUGCCCUUAUCUCCAAAGACUCCUGGCAACACCACACUCUCUACGCAUCCGUCUAUGGAGGAAGUGGACCCUGAUCAACCUCUUGUCAUCACUACUGAUGAGGAGAGUCCCAUUCGAUUCAAUUCUAUAGGCAAGCGACCUUCUUUGACGGUUAUCCGAGGGAUCGAGCGGCCUACAGUCGCCAGAGCGAAGACGAAGCGAGAGAGGGAGCGGGAAAAGUUGUUCAAGGACUUGGAUGGUCAACUCGAAGCGGAUCGCAUGUCUGAUUCCGAUAGUCGUGCUGAUUCUGGACGGAACGGUGGCGUCCAGGAGAUCGGACUGGGGAGUCUUGGGUCUCGUCCGAGUUCCUCUGGAAGUUUGGCAGAGAGUCCAACCGGUACGAGAGAUAGUCUGGCUAAAACUACAUCCCAAGAUGGUCUCUCGUCAAGUCAUGUGUCACCCUCUCAGCCGUUGAGACCGUCUCCACUCCAUGCGUACCCCCUCACGGCCGAUAUGAAUCGAUCAUCCUCUGGUUCUGGUGAUGGUGAAUCGAGCGGCAAUCCACUUGUGGACACCCCGUCGUCUUUAGCCCCCACCACUAACAUUCAGUCCCCUUCGCCCAAUUCUCAAGCACACAAUCUCGAGACAAUCAGAGAUUAUGCUAGGAGUCUCGUCUCGCCUCGUCCGCGACUGCCCAACGUCAUUCGGUCAGGUCAAUCCACGCCAUCGCCUCCACCAGGUUCUCCGCGACCGAGUCGUCGGAGGGAUACCGCUCACAGAAUUUCUCUUGUCGCGGGUCGAGUCGUGCAGCCUUUCGCCGUCCCUUCGUCUACUGCUUUACCUGCUGGGCAUGUCCCUGCACCCGCACCACAUCUUCAGUCCUUUUCUCCAUUCCGAAGUCCAAACCUAGGCCCAUCAACACCAAAGGGUCUCUUCCCGCCGACGUUCAGCCGACUCGACUCGAACAUUUCCCUCGCACCUAGCAUUGGAGCACCCAGCGAAUGUGGUACCCCCACGAGUGAGACCGCCGGUGGACUAGGUGGACGUGGCAUCGACGACUAUGUGAUCCUCAAAGAAGCGGGAAAGGGGGCUUAUGGGCUCGUCAUGCGUGCCAAGGUCAAGGGACCAAAGGGCGAGCCUGUGGGAGACGAAGUCAUCAUCAAGUAUAUCAUCAAAGCGCGUAUAUUGGCGGAUUGUUGGAAAAAGCAUAAAGUCUUGGGACCUAUUCCAGUGGAAAUUCAUGUCAUGGAUCAACUCCGUCAUCUGCUGUAUAACCCUCCUAUACGGCCUCAUCCUUGGGAUCCGACGAGAGAGAGAAAGGACCCUCCGACGCCCAUGAGGACGCCGAAUCCGGACCUAGAUGACAGCUUGCCCAAUACGCCCGAGUCGCCGGGGUCGGAGUCGUCCUCCUCCUUCGGCGUCUAUAGUCCGGCGCAGAGACAUAUCGCGAGCGAGAUCAAGCAUUUACCAGAACGUGGCCACCCUAACAUUGCCAAGCUUCUCGAUUUCUUUGAAGACAAGGAGUUUUACUACUUGGUUAUGCCUCGUUUUGGGACUGGUUUGGACCUUUUCGAUCGAGUCGAGAACAGUCCAGAUGGUCUGAGUCCGUUUGAGAUUCGAUCUCUGAUCGGUCAGCUGGCGGACGCCAUCCGCUUCCUACAUUCGAACGGGAUCGUUCACCGAGAUAUCAAGGAUGAAAAUGUCAUUCUUGACGGUCAUGGACGAUGUCAACUUAUCGAUUUUGGUUCUGCAGCUCAUUGGAGACCUGGCAAGCGAUGGGAUACGUUUUCCGGAACGUUGCAUUAUGCUUCACCAGAGAUUCUCAGAGGUGAAAUGUACGGUGGGAAAGAACAGGAUGUUUGGGCUUUGGGUGUAGUAGGAUACGUCUUGCUGGUGGGGGAGACACCGUUCAGUGAAUUACCGGACGAAGUUCUCCAAGGUCUGAGUAACAGUUCGAAUGCCGAAGCGGCGUUAUCGACACGAUGUGCGAACGAUGAGGAAGAAGGACUAGAAGCCGAUGGAGGAGGAAGAUUGGCAGAUGCGGCCGAUCUCGUGAGGCAAUGUCUGGCCAUGGAAUUGGCGAAUAGACCUUCGGCAGAAGUCGUAUGUCAACAUCGAUACUUGAGAGGAGAAGGAGGUUGGACGGGAAAGAGAGGAUGGGUCGCCAUGGGAUGGAAAUAG